AAAGCAAACUUACAUUUCCGUUGAAAAUCCAUAUUUUUUUUGUAAGAACGACACAGCCGUUGUGAAUAAAUAAAAUAGAAUAAAAUAACACGACGAAACCGAGCAGAAGAACUCGUGAAAAUACAAACGGCUCAAAAGGGAAAAUGUCCACAAAAAGGGUAGAAAAUGUUGAAAGAAGCACUUGGUUCCUUGUUAUGGCGAAGAUACAAUAUUUAUUCCUUGUCUCCUGGGAUGCUCCGCUCCGUCUAUUGUCCUCCCAUUCCUCAGUGCUGAUGCUUAAUUUUCAAAACUUCUAUAUUACCAAGGGACCUACGACAUCAGCCGAGAAAUACCCUGCAAGUACAAAAUCCGUGAGCCAGCCCCGUCCGUGCAGAGGGGAGACGCUCGCGUUCCGCCAGCUUUCCACCGCUACCGAGAGCGCGCAAAGGGGGGACUUUUCCACUUCUCUCGCUUUUUGAGGAUUUUAAGGCAUUUUUAUUAUUAUUAUUAUUAUUGUUCGGUCGGGCCACACAGCGGAGGAAAAAAAAAGGGGGCUACUUUGGAGAAAGCACAAUGUCAACGACCUUCCCCGGACUUGUCCACGACGCAGAGAUACGUCACGACGGAUCAAACAGCUACCGGCUCAUGCAGCUCGGCUGCCUGGAGUCCGUGGCCAACUCCUCGGUCGCGAACUCAUCCUCAUAUACAUGGGUUCCAGGUGUUCAUGACAGCGCGGUUAAACGGCGCUGCAGCGCGUGUAAACAUCUGGGUGAAGUGACUUCUCCGUGCCUGCUCGUGGCUAAUGAGCGCGUGUCUCCGCAGGGCUCCGUGGAAGCGCAGUGUGGGCUCGUGCUGAACGGCCAAGGGGGCGUCAUCCGGAGAGGGGGGACAUGUGUGGUGAAUCCCACGGACCUGUUCUGCUCGGUACCGGGCCGACUGUCGCUGCUUAGCUCCACCUCCAAGUACAAAGUCACCAUCGCCGAGGUGAAAAGAAGACUGUCCCCACCUGAGUGCCUCAACGCCUCCCUCCUGGGCGGCAUACUGCGCAGAGCGAAGUCUAAGAACGGAGGCCGGUGUCUUCGGGAGAAAUUAGACCGUUUAGGCCUUAACCUGCCUGCAGGACGCAGGAAAGCUGCCAACGUCACACUACUCACCUCCCUGGUGGAAGGUGAAGCGCUCCACCUGGCGAGGGACUUUGGCUACACCUGCGAGACAGAGUUCCCCAGUAAGGCAGUAGGAGAACAUUUGGCGAGGCAGCACAGUGAGCCAAAAGAAACCAGCGCACGCAAGAAAAUGGUCCUGGCGACAAAGCAAAUCUGUAAGGAGUUCCAGGACUUACUGAGCCAAGACCGCUCUCCUCUGGGCUCCUCCAGACCGACCCCCAUCCUGGACCUGGACAUCCAGAGACACCUCACACACUUCAGUCUGAUCACUCACGGAUUCGGCACGCCGGCGGUCUGCGCGGCUCUGAGCACCUUCCAGACGGUCCUGAGUGAGAUGCUCAACUACCUGGACAAAAACUCGAGCGGGAAAACGGGCGGACCCAACGAGCAACAGAUCAACAGCAGCUCAGAAAAGACGCAGCUCCGGAAAACAGCCGAGCCCCAGAGCAAAGACGGGAAAACAGAAAAGACUGAGUAGCCCGCAAUCCCCGUGCCUGCAGCCAGCGCUGCAUCUAGGAGAGUGUGUGUGUGCGUGUGCGUGUGUGUGUGUGUCUGAGAAAGGAUUCGUUAACCCCCACACAUUACUCUUCUUUGGGACAAUUCAUAUUUAUUGUUAUUUAUUUAUCUUAUGUUGAAAUGUAACUCUAACCUGAAACGUCCCAAACAAGACGUCCUGACCUUUUGAGUGAACACAUCAUGUUUAGGUGUGUGCGUGUGUGUGUGUGUGUGUGCGUGUGUGUAUGUGUGUGUGUAAGUGGUUGUGUCAUGACGGGGAGAAGCCUCGCAGCGAGACGGCCGUGACUCAUCGAGGACUUUUAUUUGUUUUAUUUAUUCAUUCUGAAAUGAGGAAGUAAACAUGGACAUGCUGACAUCACAGUUUUCCACGCCGGGGGCCAGUCGGGGGAGAACAUGGGGGGGAGAGUAGCUGCCGAUACAACAUAACACACAUGACACACGUAACACACACAUAACACAUGCGUUUCAAGGGCUUUGGACAAUUUGAUCUCAAUCCAGCUAAUUCAGGUGUAUUUCAAUGUUCUGCAACAAACUAAUAUAUGAAACAGCUUUUUACUGCUCUCAAGCUUCAUUGAAGUCAUUUAGCGUGAAAUUAUAAAGUAAUGUCUGUCAUUGCCACGCAAGGUUCUAAUAAAAUUCCCAGUUGACCGAAUUAAAAGGAUCUCACUUUCCAAACAUCUUUAAAUAGAUUGAAUUUCAAAGGACGACCCUGACCCAGGCCCAUUCACACACACACACACACACACACACACACACACACACACACACACACACACACACACACACACACACAUGCACACGCACACACACCUGUUCCCAAGCAGAUCUUAAAAUGUACACCAUACAAUCAGGUGCCAUAGCAACAAGUAUGUUUUACCAUGUGGUCAAAAGAGAAGAAAGACGCUGUUUCUGGAUGUGAGACUGACACCGCUGCCUGUGCCGGGCAGUGUGUGAGUGUGUGUGAGUGUGUGUGAGUGUGUCUCAGUGUGGCAGAGAGAGAGAGAGAGAGAGAGAGAGAGAGCGGUCCACCUCAGCCAUUUUGUAAAAGGUGACUGUGCGGUUGCCGUUGUUUCUCAUCCCUGUGCAUGUCUAUCUUUGUACACUCCCCGGAUCGCGAGUUUAGCCGACAGAAGCUCUCUGAGUGGCCCAUGAACAUUUGUAAAGAUAUAUAUAAAUAUUUAAACUACUUUUCUUGUAGGCUUUCAACUAUAUAUAUGUUAAAUGCCUACCUUCUAAAAUGCUGGUGUUCAAUAAAGACAGUUGCUACGUGUUCUACUA